UUCCCUGCAGGCUCUGAGCUACUACUUUGUACACUUGGUAUCUUUGUCUUCGUAGACUUGGCUAGGUGGGUCGUGGUUUAUAAAACUGUAAACUGUUUGGAGGCCAGAGAAUGAUCUGAAGCUAAGCCAGAGUGGAUCUGAGCAACAGUGGAUGGGAAAUUGCCUGGGAAUCCUAUAUUGAGGCCCCUAAAAUAUCUCAGUAUUUUCAGUGAAAUAAUUAGCUGACUGUUGAUAAUCCUAAUCAUAGAUCUCUUUGGGAUAUUUGUGCCUUUGUACUGUACCAGGAGAAGCCAGUUUCUGUGCUGCAUACUUUUUUCAGCUUGCAUGCGUAUGUUUUUCGUGAUUAGUUAGUAGCAACCAGAUAACUGCUUAGCCUGUCAUUGAACAGAUAACAGACUGAAGGGCUGUCAUGCAGAAGAUGGAGCGGACUUGCCCUGUGUUGUUCCAGAGGACAAAACUAGAACCCAUGGAUGGAAAUUGCAUGGGAACCGAUUAACGAUAAGUGGAAGGAGCAACUCCUUAACCGCUGACAAGCAAACAGAGGGUUUGAGGAAACACUGCUCAGCAAGUUCACCAUUGGCGUGGAAUAAGGACGAGAACAAGUGGGCCUUGCCAGUUCCACCUGGAGACCAUGCCGGGCUUAUACUGCCUGCCCACCUGGACCGCCCUUCCUCUGCAGAGCUCGUGCGUGAAGGCCUGUGCCAAUGGCUAUUCCCUGGGACUCACAGCUCACCUGACUUACAUCAACCUGGAACCACGGCCCGUGGAAGGAGUAUUCGUCUAUCCUCUGGAGGAGACAGAGGUGGUCUCCAGCUUUGAAGCUGUGACGGGAGGCAGAACCUUCACCUUCCAGAUACGCAGCCGACCCCGCGUGGAGGACUGCUGCCUCAGCUGCACAGAGAGUUGGAACCAGCCUCUCUGCUGCGCCAACGGUCACUUGAUUCUGGACGAAGACUUAGCUCGGUCUACUUUCAUCAUCAGCACAGGUCCUAUUGGGCCUUCCGAAACCUUGACUGUGGUCUUCAGCAGCAGUCGGGAGCUCGCCACUCUGCCAAGCGGGGCGCUGCGAGUGCUCUUCCCAUCUGUUCUCAUGCCCUUCAUCAUAUCCAUCCCUGAAAGCGAAAGUGAGGCAAGAGGCUUGUGUGACGACAGGUUGGCCCUAUGCUCCACCAGUUGCUUCGGGUCCCCUGGUCUGAAAAGCGAACAGUCUUUCCUCGUGCCUCCUGGAGACAACAACAUCUUCAGAGGGAAGGCUUACAACCCCUUUCCCUAUGAGUUCACCUUCGAGAUGCUGGUUAAGGGACCCUGUUUACUGGCAGGGCUGGAGAGUCCAUCCCAUGCUUUGCAAGCGGACGCCAAUCCUUACGCGAGUUCUGCCUCAACUAUAUGCAUUACAUUGGCAGAGAAGCACCGAUGUGACAGAAACCUGGAGAUUAUCUUGUAUCCUUGUGAACCUCAUCAUCCACACCUGAUCACUGAGCACGGUGCUAUGACCUAUCAGGAAUAUGCGGCACACAUAAGGAACCGUCAGGAUUACGCUCGCAUUGCCAGGAAAGGCAAUGAGGAAGAGAGGCAGGUGGCCUUUGUCCAGAAGAGAUUCCACAAAGACAUUUUCCACAACCCUGUCCUGAUGCUGAAUUUCUGCCCGGAGGUGGGCAGCAUUCCCACUGAUUUCCAGACGGUCACUCGGGAAAUGCUCUUCCUCGUGGACCGGAGUGGAAGGAUGAGGGGCUCCACCAUCGAUGGAAUCAAGGAUGCUCUGCUGGUGGCUGUGAAGAGCCUUCCUUCGGGAAGCUUGCUGAACGUUGCUGGGUUUGGCUCCAACAUCAAGCCCAUCUUCCCCUCAAGCAAGCCCUGCAAUAGUGAGACCCUCCGGCUGGCCUGCGAAUACAUCCAGAGACUUCGGGCCGACAUGGGUGGGACCAAUCUCCUCGCUGCUCUGGCCUGGAUGCUGGGGCAGCCGCUUCACCGUGGGUUCCCCCGGCAGCUCUUCCUCUUCACGAAUGCCAGCGUUGGUAACACAGGCAAGGUCAUUGAGCUGGUCAGGAGGCAGGCAAGCAGUGUCAGGUGUUUCACCUUUGGCCUGGGCUCUGGUGCAUGCGAAAGGCUCCUGAAGGGUUUGGCAAAGGUGAGCAGAGGCCGGGCUGAAUUCCUAAGCCCAGGUGAAAGGCUGCAGCCCAAGCUGAUGAAGUCUUUGAAGAAAGCCAUUGAGCCUGCUGUGAGUGACAUCACGAUAGACUGGUAUGUGCCCGACACCAUGGAGGCCCUGCUGUCGCCCAAUGAGAUCGCAGCCCUGUAUCCUGGAGACCGGCUCAUCAGCUACUGCACCCUUUACCACAUCGCCAGCUUCCGGGACAAGAAAGCAACAGGCAGAGAACAGAUGUUCCAGAGUCUCUCUCGGGGUUCCACUGGUUCGGUGUUUCCAUCCCAGGAUGACGCACUAGAAGAGGAAGGAAUCCAUCCACACCCUGUGGAAAGUCAAGAUCUCUGCAGAGCUCUUCAUGAAAUCUCGCAUGAGAUAUCCCUGGAGUUCUCAGCCGGGUGCACUGAGGAAUCUUUGAAGAGUGGGGAUCCUGUGUCAGGAGGAGACAUCUGGAAGCGGAUUUACCGGCCCUCCUACAUCCAGGAACAGUAUGUGCUCACGCACUGCUCAGUCAGUACCGACCAGAGCCAGGGCUUGCUCUCCCACAGCUCUACCAGCAGCGAGUCCACUGGGUCCAGGGAUGUCCCUCCGGAAGGAGGCUCCCUAGCCCAGGUCCUUGAAGGCAGCUCUCAGCAGGGCCAAAAGAGUGUCUCGCUCUGCAGCUCCUCCGCCAAGUCUGCACCGAUCCCCCAGACUCAGCCCGGUGCUGGUCCUAAGGCCUCCGCAGCCUUGAGCUCUGAGGAGCUGACACGAAGGAAAAAAGUCCUGGCCCGAGCUGCUCUGUCUGGACGGAGUUUCUCCUCCCCGCACGGUGAGCUGGAUGCCCAUCGGCUGCGCCGUGCCCUGGAGAAGGUGUCCCAGAAGCGCAACCGGUCUCUGGAAGGGAAGCUGGAUGAGAUCGGGCCUGAGUUUCAGAAGCUGCGCAAGAGCACCGCCGAUUCCGGCAACCUGUUGUCACCUGCCCACUUGGACUGGGACACCCUUCUGGAGCCCCCAUACCUGUUCAGCCCAUCGCCGGCCACAGAGCAGGCAGAAUGUCAAAGCGGCGCCUGGUCGCCUCUUCGGUGCCAAGUCGUGAUCCAUGCACUCAGUGCAGGCAAGCCGGUCUCCUGGGAAGUGACGGUUGCCCUGGAUUCUCUGCUCCCUGCCAAAGACAGCCAAGCCAAAGAGGAACCCCCCAAGCAGCAUCAGCAAAGCAAGGGCUGGGAUAAGCUGCUUCACCGCCUGACGGCCGGCUCUGUCAUCCGGGAUAACGAGAAUGUGGCCCUGAGAGAAGCCGAACUGGAAUAUGGUUUCUCACGCAGGUUCCGCCUUAAGGCUGUCCAGGCCAGCAAGGCCUGCCACACACCGUCCAUUUAUACAUCCAUUGUGCCUGUGGAUUCUUCCACACAGGAAAUGCUGCCCUCAGCCCUUGAGGUUCGGCGCAAAGAACGAGAAGAGAUUCUUCCUUCUCCAGAUAAUACAUCUUCUGCCACCCAAGCAAGGCAAAACUAUCUUGAUGGUGCCAAUUCCAGUCCUUCUCCUAUCUCUGCAGGCUCUCAGAAGCUGAUGGAGAACUUUGUAGGCUCCAGAUUCAGCAUCGGCCGGCGGAGGGGACAAGGCCUGGCCUUGCGCCUGCAAUGCCUGACCCCCGAGAGUGAGCUCUCCUCCUGGGACGGCGCCAUUCACGACUACCUCCCGCUGGUGCACCUGCAGGAGGCUCCGGGCAUGUUCCAGCUGACAGAGCACUUCUCCGAGGUCGUGCAGAUCCCGCUGGACCGCCUGCGCCGGGCCUCCCCCUACGCCUCCCACCGCGCCAGCCUCAGCCCAGCCUCCAGCACCUCCCCUUGGGUGCUGAUCGCCAAGGGCGACCCGAGCCAGUCCUCCCCAGAGGGUGUUGAGCAGGCGGCCGGAGCGAGUCCGGAGGGGGCGGGGGAGCCGGGCUCGCUCCACUCACGCAGCACCUGCUCGGAGGUGCCGAGCGCUGCCGUGUGGGCGCAAGCCGACAGCGGGCGUGGCUCUGAGACAGAGGCCUUCGAGCACUCGCACUCAGAUGCCUCGGAGCUGAGCCUCAGCUUGCAGGAGGCGGGUCUGGAGGCCGAGGGGGCGGACCUGGAGAGCACGAGCUGGGCCACGGCAGUGGCCCUGGCCUGGCUGGAGCACCGCUGCGCGGGGUUUUUUGUCGAGUGGGAGCUGCUGGCGGCCAAGGCGGAUGCCUGGCUGCGGGGACAGCGACUUCCCGAAGGGGUGGAUGUCGCUGCCCUGAAAGGGGCAGCUCGCCAGCUGUUCCUUCUGCUUCGCCACUGGGAUGAGAACAUCAAGCUGAACAUGCUGUGCUACGACCCAAGCAACGUGUGAGGCGGCGGGCUGGGCUUUUGCUUGCUCGGGUACCAAUAAAGAGGAUUGGUGAGGA